AUUAAGUACGGCUAGCCUCUUUCUCAAUAUUAUGCUUUCAAGCAGAGAGCUUUAAGUCUUAGAAUGUCAGAAGGUCCGGGUGACAGCAAAAUAUUAGCCCCUCCCACAUUUCACACCUCCGCGAACCAAUAGCCGCAUGCGGCGAAGGUGAGGGUGAGGUGCGAAAGCCCCUACCUAUCUUACCACCAAGCCCUUGCCUCUCUGUUCACCCAGACUACCUAUUCGGUAACGACAAUGGACGUUAUGUUACACCAGAGAGUUUACAGAGGCUCUGGUCACACCAUGAACUCGUGACAAACGUGUCGCUUGUGCUCCGAGCUAUACGUUCUUAUACUAUCUCUGACCGUCUAGGCUCCGGGUAAUGGCAGACAAAUAAAAUUUGUUUGUUUUACCAUGACGCCCAGUCUCCCCAGUCUGAGAAAUUUCGUAAUGUUUUACCCUCGCAAACUGUUUUCCUUGUCUAAUCACACGCUUCACAGAAUAUAACGCUCGUGUCAAAGAAGCCGCCAGACUUCAUGUUGACCCACUGCGCAAACAAAAAUAAAUUAUUAUUUCACAUUAGAAAAAUCCAGCUGCUGAUGACAUCAUCAAAGCAGGAACGUAAACCAUGACAGUGUAUUGACUUUAAAAUGUCACAGACGAAAUAAAUUGUAGUACAAACAAACUGAAGUCAUCAGACCAGAGCAACAACAAAAAAUGAAAGAAAAAAAUAGUAGGAUAAACUUCGGGUGAGAGGGGUAUAAAACAUGAGCCCCUCCAAUAGGCCUUCACUCACAAUCCCCAGCACUUGCUGCUUCCUGCUCUGUCGUCGUUGCCGUUGCUGCUGAGACAAGACACCAUGUCUACCGGCAAAAAGGAAACCCUUACUCUACAAGAGCGGAUGCAAGUUAUCAAACUGGGCGAUGAAGGGAAUUCAACAAGAGCCAUUGCAGAACGGUUUAAAGUCGGAAAAACGCAAAUUCAAGGUAUACUGAAAAGGAAAACAGAAUUGACCGCUGAGUUUGAAGCCUCAGCCCCUCUUGCCAAACGACGUUAUGUGAAAGCCACAAGCAACAAACCGAUCAACGAUCGCCUUGACGAAUGGUAUCUGGACGCAACACGUCGAGGAAUCAACAUAACAGGACCUAUGCUCAAAGAGAAAGCUCUGGAAUUCGCAAGCCACUUUGGCAUAACAACAUUUUCUGCUUCUAACGGCUGGCUGCAGUCUUUCACCAAACGCAACAGCUUGGCAGUUGGUAAAAUAAAACCCACAAAAUGCUUUAAUAAGGUUGGUUUCACGCAACCCACUCCGGAUGAGGGUGAUAUCCCCGAUGUACAAGUAAGAGUACCAGAAAGGUUUGACGAGCUGAGUAAUGCCCUAUUCGGAGUACCAUUCGCGAGACUUCCUGAAAUUGAUCAAGACCUCGCCACUUGUGACAAUAAUCCAGUAGACUGGGACCGCCCGGCGACAGACUUGCUCGCAGAUCUAAAAACUGAGGACAGCGAAGAUGACGACGAGGAAGAUGAAAAAAGUGAAACCGAUUCCACCAUAAACGCAGUGUCGACACAAAAAGCACUUUCUGCUUUAAGAACGCUUCGCCUUUAUCUGCAGCAACAGAAAUGUCUGCUGCCAUCGCUCCGGCCCUUGGCGUUCAUCGAAGAGGAAAUUAUUGUGGCGAGCAGAUCGGCGACGAAACAGACAACGAUCACAAACUUCUUUCCCAAACAAUCGAGACGUCUACUGUGA